GGCAGUAUAUUAGACUUUGCACCGUGGGAAACAAGGUUUUUCUUAAUGGACAUGCGGGCCAAAUCAAGCUUCACAUAUACUUACUACUACAUGCACUGGAUAGAGAACAAGACCAUAGGAUCCCUACGAUUCUAGAACCUUAUCAAUCGUGUGUUUUACGCUUGCGUCAGAAAAACUCAAAUUUUCACGCUCUAGUAUAAACAGUUAUUUUCGAAGAAUUCUUUGAUUGUUUAUUAUAUAUUCUGGUGUUUCAUAAAAAUCAUGUAUACAGUGUCGAAAGGUCCAAGUAAAAUUGUCGCCAAAACUCGAAGAGGAAUUAAUCAGAAUUUGGAGAGACUCGAGACAUUGAGAGAUUUAACGAGAAAGGCUGAUCCUGUUGAAGAAGAAAUCAACGAUGAUGAAAUUUCCCGACAAGCACCAAAACCUGUAUUCAAUGUGAAUGGCAGAUCGAAAUUGUGCUCCACGAGGCAACAAAGGAUACAGGAGGUUAUCACGCCUCAGCAUGAGGAGCUUAUUAAAUUUGUAUAUGAAUCAUGGAGCCAAGUGGAUGGUAAUCGCGGUAGGAAAGAGAUAGCAGAGCAACCUCACGAGGUGGAGGGCCCCUCUAGUCUAUAUUACAACGACGGUGAGCCUAACGGUAUUCUCCAAGACUUUAAACCGUUCGACCUCGAGUCUUGGUGGGGUAAAAGAUUGUUCAAUAACAUCACAAAGUCUCUGUGAAAGCUAAACAACAGGAAGAGCCAUAGAAACUCAAAAAGUCUUCGUCCUGUUUUUUUGAACUAGAAAAGGACACCAAAAGAACAAUUGUUUUUUUUUACCAGACUAUUAAUGAAAAACGAUAGUGAAUAUGUAAUUGAUGUGUGCUUCAGUCACAUGAUAGCACAAACGAGAGAUUUUUUUAUAUAUAUAUAUUUGAAUAAUUGUAAGAUUACAUCCGUUGCUGUAUUGUUAGUAAAUGAGUAAUCAUUAUUAUUUCUUGUGUUAUGUUGACGAUAUCAAUACGAUGAAUGAAUCGAAUCGAAUUACAUCUGGUGAUUGCAGUUAUAAAAUAAUCUGUAAAAAAUUACUUGAGGAGCAAUCCUACAAAUGGAAGAAACGUCUUUUGAUAACUAUUCUUAAAACCAAUCGUUUUUUAAAUAACUGAAUAAUUUUGCAAAUAUCCUUGGUGAUGUGAAUAAGAAUGCGAGAAAUUUUUGUGAAAAAUGUCAUGGCCUAUAUAUAGGAAACGCCCUGAAGUUUGUCUCCGAAUCUUCUCUUUACCGAAAUAUCUCCUGUUUUAUACGAACUUAUUGUUGGAAGAUUAUCGAUUUAAAAUGCUAAAUGGUUUCAAUUAGCCACCAUAUAUAAUAAAAAAAAGUACUUAUCAAAUUCAAUAGACCUCAAGUCUGUAAAAACCAUGCCGUUAUGAAAACAAGAAAAUCGAAAAACAAAUUUUUUUAGUAUAUCUUUGUAGACUGAAUAUUUUUAAGAUUGUUGUUAUAUCGUUGAGAGCAUCGAGCAGAAAUGUCGAUAAAAAGAAAAAUAAACUCACCACGUGAGGAGAAUUGUUUGCGAUUGAUUUGAAACGUUCGAAUGAAAAACCGUUCAUCAUUGUAGUCCAUACUUAGUGCAAUAUAUUUACUAUAAAACAGCAA